AUGUCGACAACGGUACCAUCGACUCAACAGAUUGAAGUGGAAGAGACAAUUAAACGUAUCCAAACACAUAAGGGCGUUCAUGGCUUUGUCAUAGUGAGCAAUGAUGGUAGUUUUGUUCGCUCAACAAUCGAUAAUUCCACCACAAUGUCAUUAACUGGUCUCAUUCGAACGCUUUCGGAUAAAGCAAAGAGUUGUGUCAGAGAUUUGGAUCCUCAAAAUGAUCUAACAUUCUUUCGUAUUCGUACGAAGAAACAGGAAAUUCUCGUUGCGCCCGAUAAAGACUAUCUUACAAUCACCAGAAUUUACACGUUCAAUGACACAGAAGUCGAUGAUACCUUGAAACGAAUUCUUGAACAUAAAGGUGUCACUGGAUAUUUGAUAAUAAACAAUGACGGCAUUCCGAUACGCACGACAUUGGAUGCAUCUUUAACGCAACAGUAUGCGGCAUUAGUGCGUUCGUUGACUGACAAAGCACGAUCAUCUGUUCGGGAAAUCGAUCCAACGAACGAGCUAGUAUUCUUUCGCAUGCGGACGAGAAAACAUGAAAUUCUAAUCGCACCGGAUAAAGAAUAUAUCCUGGUCGUCUUACAAUCGACAGAUGUUCAAUAG